GUGGGGACUCCACCACCUCCCUGGACAGCCCCUUCCAAUGCCUGACCACCCUUUCCAGGAAGAAAUUCCUCCUGAGAAAAUAUCCAGAUUUAACCACCAACAGAAAUAAGAGCCCCUCAGGGAGCUCACUACUGCGCCCAGAAGGACUCAGGAUUCUCCCCAGGAAACACAGCACUCCCAACACUUGAAAAUGAGGGUCUGCACCGAGCAGAGACGGGAUUCCAGCCCCCCAGACCAGGCAGCGGAGCAGCACUGGCCCUGGCACGGCACCGUGCCCGUGUCCCAGCCUGCCCCUCCACCCGGGUGUGCAGCACAUUACACUGCCGGCAGGGCGAGUGUGCAAACCCUGCUGGGCCUGGGAGGGCGAGUGGGAGAGCCCCGAGCCUUCAGCACAGCGAGUGUGCAAGGCACAGCCUUCUGCCAGCACGGGGGACGGUGCCAUGGCUGAGAAGACGUCACCGAGCCCCGGCGUGGGCAUCACACCACUGCAGCAGAUGCUGGCCUCGGGGACAGGCGCCAUCCUCACCUCCCUCUUCGUGACACCGCUGGACGUGGUGAAGAUCCGGCUGCAGGCCCAGAGGACCCCGUUCUCCAAAGCGUUGCCAGCACAGGCAGUGCCCUGGGGCGCUCAGCCGGCCACAUGGAAGUGUUUCCUCUACUGCAAUGGGCUCAUGGACCACCUGUACGUCUGCCAGAACGGCAACGGCUGCACCGCCUGGUACAAGGCCCCCACCCACUUCACUGGCACACUGGAUGCCUUUGUAAAGAUCACACGCUACGAGGGCAUCAGGUCCCUGUGGAGCGGCUUGCCCCCCACCCUGGUCAUGGCUGUGCCAGCCACCGUCAUUUACUUCACCACCUACGACCAGCUCCGGGACUACCUGCACGCCCGGACGGGAAGUCGGGGCCCCCACAUCCCCUUGCUGGCCGGGGCCCUCGCCAGGCUGGGUGCCGUGACGGUCAUCAGCCCCUUGGAGCUGAUCCGCACCAAGAUGCAGUCCCGGCAGCUCAGCUACCGCGAGCUGGGUGUCUGCAUCCAGUCAGCAGUGGCCCAGGAUGGCUGGCUGUCCCUCUGGAGAGGCUGGGGACCCACUGUGCUGCGGGAUGUCCCCUUCUCGGCUCUGUACUGGUUUAACUACGAGCUGGUGAGGACGUGGCUCUGCAGGAAGGCCUGGCUGGAAGAGGCCACGUUCAUGGUCAGCUUCACAUCUGGGGCCAUCUCUGGCACAGUGGCCGCGGUGCUGACGCUGCCCUUCGACGUGGUCAAAACCCAGCGGCAGAUCGAGCUGGGAGACAGCGAGGUGCACCCAGUCUCGGCCUCCAAGCCUUCCUCCACCUGGCUGCUCAUGCAGCGGAUCCGCGCCGAGUCUGGCACCCGGGGGCUGUUUGCAGGCUUCCUGCCCCGUGUCAUCAAGGUGGCACCUGCCUGCGCCAUCAUGAUCAGCACCUACGAAUUUGGCAAGACCUUCUUCCAGAAGCUGAACCAGGAGCGGCGGCUGCGGGGGUUGUGAGCAGGGCUGGGGCAGAGCUGUGUGUGGCCGUGCCCAGGGGACAGUGCCAGCCCUGCUCCGGCCGGGAGUCCCGGGAGCGGCGAUCCACGCUCGGCUGUGCAGAGCCCAAGUGCCUUCAUCCCGCGCUCUGCCUCCCCACACACAGAACCGGGGCCCCACUCCCUGUCCCAGCCACUCUGGGGGACACCUGUGCCUGCUGCUGUGACACUGGGGGGGACAUGGAGCCCCCCCCACUCAUCCCUUGGGGCUGGACAGAUGCUGCUGCUGCUGGAUUCAUGGACACUCUGGCAAGGAUGGGAUGUCCCAGGUGACUUGGCCUGGCAGGAGGUGGAGCUGGGGCUCAGGAGAGGACCAAACCCCAAACCUCGGAGGCUUCUCUGCCUGCCCGGGCCCCCCAGCCCUGCUCUGCCCGGGGGUCCAUCACUCACGCACAGCCUCCCCUUGCUGGCUCUGCAUGGGGACACGACAGGACCCUCUCCCUGCCUCCGGACCUCUCCUCUCACUGGGGGUAUCCCUAUCCCCUGCCAGACCCUGGGUUGGACAGACCCUGCAUGGGGACAGACCUCGCUGCUGCUCCAGGGGGCCGGGGGGCACUGUGGCACCCCCUGCCCUGUCCCUUCACUGCAAGGGACAGCUCUGCGAGCACUGCCCCCACCUUCCCCUGGGACUCACAGGGGGAAUUCCCCUUAUUUUCUUAAAUAAAAGAAAAAUUUGUCUCAUA